UGCAAGGACAAAAAAACGGUUAGCCCUUCAGAAGUUUUGGACAACACAUUCCAGAAGCUCCAAGCAGCAUCACCAAUGUCAAGGGACUGUAAGAGCUAUGGAAGCGUCUGGGGAAUGAGACUUCCUACUCCUGGCAUACAGUCAUUACAGAAGAAGCAAAACCUCCCUUUCUUUCUUGCCAGUUCCUAGGUCUUACUUAUCCCAACCCACAACUGCAAACGCAAACAGAAGCCAUUGCUAUAGUGAUGAUCCCAGCCGCUCUUGGCUACUUGGCUGUAUUCUUUUGGCAAGUUGGCACCACACCCCAGUUACCAGCAUAGCAACUCAGAAACACGAUAUGCCCAUGUAGCUCUUUCCUUCGAAGAAGGGCAAGUGAUUAAUACCUUCCAGAUAAAUACCUUCUUACGAUGACAGAUUUGGUGGUCUUCCGCUGCCCCAGCUGCGAGAUGGGCUUCCAUUCCAGGAAACUGCUAGAAAAGCACAUGGAAAAAUUCUGCAUCGGUCGAGAUACAACUCUUAAUCCUGAGCCAGAAGCAUCAAAACCAACAAGGCACCACAUGAAAAACUUGGAAGAUGAGGAAAACAAGCAGCAAGGGUCUGACUUAAGAAGCUUAGACCACACAGGAAGUCUUUCCAACAGCCAGAUGUUGAAGAAACUGACUGAAGAGUUCCAGAAAAUGAGAAUGUCACUGGAAGACACUCUCCCUGCAUUCAGGACCCUCCAGACAGAGGAUAGCGACAUGCAGCAGAUCCACUACCAACAGGAAUAUUGGCAGCGCCAUCAGCAAAUAGCAGAAAUACAUGAGCGCCAAUUGGCUGAUAUCCAAUCCAGAAACCAACACUUGGAACAACAGAAGAAUGAGAUCCACAAACGCCUGGAAGAGUUGAAAUUAGGGAACUCAGCUACAUCUCAUAUAGAGCAGUUGCUAGUGGAGCUGAAUGCUCAGGAAGGAAAAAACCAGCUUGCUCUGGAUGCCCUGCGGGAACAAGUGGGACUGCUGCAGGUAACAGCAGAGAGCAGGAGCAAACCAGAACCCACCGCCAUGAUAAAAUCAGACAAUGUUACAGACAAGGCAAAGGAGAAAGUCUUCUUCAAGUCUAUGCCAUUUCUACCAGCUGUUGGCCCUCUCUCUUCAGAGAUACAGUCUGUAUACCUGGCUUAUGUGCAGAGUGGAGGCAGUGAUGUCAACGUCCUUCGUCAGAUGUAUGAGUUGCAGGUAGAGGCUAUAGCACUGGAGAAAGCUGAAGCAAGGCCUGAACACAAGAGCAGAAAGAAGAAAUAUGAAAGCAGCCCCAGUGCCUAUUCAAGGGGUCUGGAUGCUGAACUCCUGUCUGUUGAGCUGGAAAACCAGAAGUUGGAAGACGAAAUACUAAAAUUAAAGAUCCUUAAGGACAAAAGGAGAAUACAAGAUGAGUCUUUGGACACAGAACUGGCUAAGCUGGAGCAGAGGCACAUGGCAGAGAUGGCUCAGCUUCAUGCUGAGAUUGACAGAUUGAGACAGGACCCUGAGAGGAUGAAACCCCGAGGCCCCAGGAGGGGGUUGCCACCCCUAUUGCCACCUCCUAUAGCUCCUCCUCUGCCAUCACCUCCUGCUCAUCUUCACAGCCUCCCAGACCCUGCCUUUCUAUCUAGCGGUGUGGACCCCAUGAGAUCAUCUGCCAGAGCCACAAGCCAUUAUUUCCUGGAUCCCUCUGAUGCCCUGGGACCAGCUCCAUAUGAUCCAGCGUCUGGUUUUGUGAUAUUUUAUGAUUUUCUCUUGGGUCUGGAUCCCACAUGUUACCAAGUUUGUCUGGUCUCUGCUCUGUAUCGUAACGGACAAGAGCUGGGCAAGCCCACUCCACUGCCCAUUGUCUCCUCAGAUAUGGGACAGUCCUCACAGUAUGUGAUGGACAGACAAAGAGGGUGUUGUGCCAUCUUAGCAACCCGACAGCCAGUCCCUAGAAUUCUCCCUUCAACUUCUAUUGCCCUUGUAACUGAACUUCAAGCCUCCGGAGGCUUUGAUGCUUAUGGACUAGAAAUAGAGAGCUUGGCUCCCAGAGGGUGGGCCAAAAUCCAGAUUUUUGACCAACUGCAUCAAGUGUUGAGUGGCCGAUGGAAGGUACCUAUCCGGGUGCUUCCUGUGAAGCCAGGCCUUAAUGUGGAGCAAAUGAAUGGUGUGCCUCAGGCUGGCAAGGCUGAGCUUUACUUGCGACUAGUGAAUGCAAGAGAUGCUGAUAUCCAGUCAAUGGCUGAGGUCCAUCCUGGCAAUGCCUCCCUGUACAAAUACCCUCCCACAGCGUUCAGUGGCACAGCAUCUUCUGCUGAUGCCCUUCCAGCCCAGCGCUCCUUUCACCCUGCCCUCACCAGCCUGUCCUUUUCUGUCCCUCCUUACACUGGCUUUGUUGACCCUCCUCCAAAUCAGGAACAGUCUGUCCAACACCAAUCUAAUAAAAGGUGAGGAAAAAGGAAGACAGCCACCUUUCUCCCCACUCCCCCAUUCCCCCUCAAAGUCCAAACUGUCCUCCUAAGAAUAAACAAAUCAGUGUGUGAUCAUUAGUGUUUGCAUAUAUCUGUGUACUUUAUGUUAAAAUGGCUUAAAAUAAAACAUGUGCCUCUAUUCCAACAAUAUUUGUGAUAAUUUUCUGC